CGGGCUUUGCCGGUGCUGAGGCGCUGCCGCUCAAGCCGUUGGCCGGAGGGGCCGCCUGCGGCCCGCGGAGCCCGGCGGCGCCGGGUCUGUCCCAGGCCGGGUGCUGUUCGAGCUGUCCGAAGACGCCAAGCUCAGCCGCGGCUCCCCUGCUCCGGCGGGGCCGGCGCUCGGACGCUUCAGCAAAUGCCGGCUGCCGGCCGCGGCCCGGGCUGUGCGGAGCCGGGGGCUUGCCGGGCUUUGACACGAGGCGGCGGGCCGGGGCCGUUGUGCCCAGAUUGCCAGUGCCUGCAGAGGCGGAAGAUGGUGUGAUGUACGCGCCUCUCCUAAGGUAUGACGAGCAGGUGGAUGUGCUGGAGCGCCUUGACUUUGUGGUGAGAAACAUUGCAGAGCUAAGAAAAGAAGUGGAGGAGCUACGAAACAGCCUGCAGCACUUAGCGGCAGAAAUCGUUGGUGAAGUCAGAUCCCAUCUGGAAGAAACCCAGAAAGUAACUCGCCGGAGGCGGUUUCCUAGAGAAAGAAGGGAUUCCACAGGCUCCAGUUCCAUUUAUUUCACAGCCAGCUCAGGAGCAGCCAACACGGAUGAUGGAGAAAGUGAAGGAGGGUACACCACAGCCAACGCUGAGUCUGAUUACGACCGGGAGUCUGAGAGAGAAAGUGAAGAAGGGGAAGAUGAAGUGAGCUGUGAAACAGUGAGAACUGCGCGACGAGAUUCCUUGGAUCUCGUCAACGAGGAUGAAACGCAUUUAAUCUUAGAUUCCUCGCUAGAGGAAGGACUGGGUCAGCUACUGCAGCAGGCUGACCAGUUGCACAGUGGGGAUGAGCAGGAGAAGAAAGAGGGAUUCCAGCUGCUGCUGAAUAAUAAACUGGCGUAUGCAGGCCAGAAAGAAUUUCUUUGGCGCCUGGCCCGAGCACAUAGCGAUAUGUGCGAAAUCACAGAGGACGCAGAUGAGAAGAGAUCGUACGCAUCUGAUGGGAAAGAAGUGAUAGAAGCUGCCUUACAGAAAUGGGAUCAAAGUGCUGAGUGCCAUCAGUGGUAUGCUAUUCUUUGUGGGCAGUUAUCAGAACAUGAGAGUAUUCAGAAGCGCAUUCAAAUCGGAUAUGUUUUUAAGGAGCACAUUGAUAAGGCGAUUGAACUGAAACCAGAGGAUCCAAAGUGUUACUAUCUCUUGGGCAGGUGGUGUUACCAGGUUUCCCACCUGGGGUGGCUUGAAAAAAAGACUGCUUCUGCUUUGUUUGAAGCCCCUCCUACAGCCACUGUACAGGACGCGCUGCAAAACUUCUUACGGGUUGAAGAGCUCAGCCCAGGAUUUUCCAAAGCAGGACGAGUAUACAUUGCCAAGUGUUACAAGGACCUGGGGAACAACUCUGCAGCUGCUCUCUGGAUGAAUCUUGCCUCGGAGCUGCCAGUUAAUACAAAAGAGGAUGCAGAGAGUGAGAGAGAACUUGAAGAGAUGCUGUCAGUCUGGGAGGAAUAAAUGUGUACAGGCUUAUUCCACUUGAUACUGCAUAGACAGUAAAAUUCCAGUUAAAGGGGUUUCAUGAUCCUGACAACUUUAAUUGCAUUUCAUGGAUAAGCCGCAAGAGUUUACAGGAAAAAUCAUGCAGCAGUCUCAUCAGCACAUCCAGGCAAAGAUCUUGACAGGAUUUAAUCAUGUAACAUUUUGUAUUAUUUUCCUUCUUACAGCACUGCAUAUGUUUGAUUUUAAAAUUCCUAAAAAAAGUCCAAUUCCUAAAAACAAGUGUGGGGGUGUAUAGGUAUAAUUUGUGAUAUAAAAAUAUUUGUGAUUUUAUAAAUAUAUAUAACGCAGAUAUGUGAGAGAGAUGCUUUGUGAUGUAAAAAUAUAUACAUAUUUAUAUAUACAUGCAAGUGUUUUAUAUCACAAACCCUACCUGAACUUCAAGCCUGCUCACUGGUGAGCACUCUCAGCUGAUUCCGGAGGAAGACAUCAGCCAAAUUUUUUUCAGAUUGUUUUCUCUUUUCCUUAAUGAUUUGUAUUAAUUGAAUCAGUUGCAAUAACUGAUUACAUGCCUUGCUUGGAUGUUUAGGUGAGGUAAAAUUUUGAGCCACUGUGCUCAGUGGGAUGCACCAGAGGCAGUGGGAUGUUCUCGCUGCCCUCAGCCUGUUGGUUGAGAUGGGCACUGAAACCGUGACUUAAGAAGAGACAAUUACAAGAAAAGAAGACAACAAUGGCUUAAAAUCAGUGACUUGUCAGCCCUUUCUUCCUUGCUGUGAGAAAAUUGAUGGUGGUGUCCAAAACACACUCUUGUUGGUCCUUUCCCGCUAUGCCUAAACUACCUUACUGGUUUUCCACUGGGGGAAACCAGCACUGCUCACUAUGGUGAGUUACUGCCAGGGGACCAACAAGAUUUCCUUCACAAUACCGAUUUUAUUGUUAAGGGGGAUGCAUUGCUUUUGUCAGAGAAGUGAGUAAUAAGAUUUUAAACUUCAGGACUUAAUCCCAGUGAUGUUAUCCCUUCACUCACAUGAAAGUGAAAACUUCUGAUGUACCUCUAAACUACGCUGCUAUGGUUUAGAUUUAAUAACUUUGGUUGAAAAGUAGUUAUUUAUCAAUGAAACACUGGUUACAGGAACAGGGGUGUUCUGUGGCAAAGCUGAUGCUUCCCUGUAACGUUCUUCUUGACUAAUUAGGUGACACCGAGAAGGUGAAGCUGACAACUGACGUUUCCCCUGGCAGCUUCUGGGUUCUAAACAGAAAAAGUAAACUGUGCUGUAUGCCGACAGAAAUGAAGAAAAACUACCUUCAAACACUUCCCCAGUUAUUUAGCAAGGCUCUCUUGAUGUCCCUUCAAAUUUCAGCUGGCAGCUAAUCGGAUGCUUGGGUUUUAAUGUUAUGUCUUGCUACAUUGUAUAGUGUUUGUGAAGUGUAAAGUAAAAAGUGCGAGAGUAAAACAUUUCUUAAUCACCUUUUUAGUCCCUUGUACUACAUGUGUAUUAAACUGAUAGGGUUUUUACUUCGUGAAAAUAACGCUGAAGGGGGAAUGUGUAAUGAACUUGAGCUUAAAAACUUUCACUUUUAUAGAUUUGGCACUUUUUAGCUUCCCCCUUCCAAUUAAACUUUAAAAUUUUGGUGCUGAA